GAAAAUGAAUUAAAUUAAUAAUUCCUUAAAUAAUUUUUUUACAAGAAAAAAAAAAUUAUUGAAAUAGAAUAACGAAAAAUAAGUUAAAUUUUAGAUGGCCAAUCAAAUAUGCGGUGUCAGGAGACCACUUUCUCCUGCAACUCAAGCGGAUAAGACCGACCGAUACCCUCCGACUGUUUCCUCCCCUCCCCUUUAGUCAACUAUAAAUUUGAGCAAGCGAGCAAUUCACGAAGCACCACCCAGCCCUAAUAGACCUGCGAAUGACUCGGAAGUUUGAGAUAGAAAGUAAAGGAGAGAAGGAUCACGGUUAUAAAUUGGUACAAAAGCAGCAGAGAGAGAUCUAGAAUUUAAUCAUUUUGAGAAAGAGGUAGAGAAAGGGUGAAAAAAACAAAAGGAGAGAGAGAGAGAGAGAGAGAUUGAGAGGUGAGGGUAGAGAGGCGAUCGAAAGAGAAGACCCGGAGAUAAGAGUCGCCGGCCAUGGAGGUUGGUAACGGAAGGAGGGAUUUGAAUAAGGGUAAUGGAUCUCCGCAGGAGGUCGACCGUCGUAGAGGCCACGGCGAGCACAUACGCCCCAGCCGACUGAGAAAGAUCGUGCUGGUGGCGUCCAUAGCCGCCGGUGUCCAGUUCGGUUGGGCCCUCCAGCUCUCUCUUCUAACCCCCUACGUCCAACUCCUCGGUGUUCCCCACGUCUGGGCAGCCUUCAUUUGGCUCUGCGGCCCCGUCUCCGGCAUGCUCGUCCAGCCCAUCGUCGGCUACUACAGCGACCGCUGCACCUCCCGCUUGGGCCGACGCCGUCCCUUCAUCGCCGCGGGUGCCGCCCUCGUGGCCGUGGCAGUCUUCCUCAUCGGCUUCGCCGCGGACCUCGGCAAGACCUUCGGCGACGAUAUGAAGAAGCCCAUCAAGCCCCGCGCCGUCGCCAUCUUCGUCGUCGGCUUCUGGAUCCUGGACGUGGCAAACAACAUGUUGCAGGGCCCAUGCCGCGCCCUCCUGGCCGACCUCUCCGGCAGCAGCCACCGCAAGACCCGCACAGCCAACAACUUCUACUCCUUCUUCAUGGCCGUCGGCAACGUGCUGGGCUACGCCGCCGGCUCCUACACCCGCCUCUACAACAUCUUUCCCUUCACUAAAACCGACGCCUGCGACGUUUACUGCGCCAACCUGAAGAGUUGCUUCAUUUUGUCCAUCGCGCUGUUGACGAUUCUCACCAUCGUCGCCCUCACUUGCAUUCGGGAGAAGCCGCUGGCGGCCCUGUCCAAGACGGGAAGCAGGAGGAACAACAGCAGCAUCAUUGACGACGACGACGACGAUAGCGACGACGAGAACGAUGGGAAGCAGAGUCCGUCGGUGAGCGAGCCGUUCCUGGGAGAAGUGGUUGGGGCGCUGAAGGAUUUGCCGAAGCCGAUGAGAGCGCUGCUGCUGGUGACGUGCUUGAACUGGAUCGCGUGGUUCCCGUUCCUGCUGUUCGACACGGACUGGAUGGGGAAGGAGGUGUACGGAGGAGAGGUGGGGAAGGGGAAGGUGUACGACCAGGGAGUGAGGGCGGGGUCUCUUGGCCUCAUGCUCAACUCGGUGGUGCUGGGGGUCGCCUCCCUCAGCGUAGAGCACUUGGGGCGUGCCGUUGGAGGCGUCAAGCGCCUAUGGGGUGGCGCCAACUUCUUGCUGGCCGUUUGCCUCGCCCUGACCGCUUUGAUCACCAAGAUGGCCGAGUCCCACCGCCACUUCGCCCCCGGUGGCACCGAACCCCUCCCGCCUCCCACCGGCAUCCAGGCUGGAGCCUUGGCUCUAUUCUCUGUCUUGGGGAUACCGCUCGCGGCAACUUUCAGCAUUCCCUUUGCCUUGGCAUCCAUAUUCUCUAGCAAUGCUGGUGCAGGUCAAGGACUUUCCUUGGGAGUUUUAAAUCUUGCCAUUGUUAUUCCUCAGAUGAUAGUGUCGGUAGCCAGUGGACCGUGGGACGCCCUGUUCGGUGGCGGGAACUUGCCGGCUUUCAUAGUGGGAGCGGUGGCGGCAGCUACCAGCGGCAUCCUGGCAUUCACACUGCUGCCAACUCCGCCGCCGGACCAAAGCGUGCCAUCCAAUAAGAAUCCGAGGAAUGGAAGCAGUUCAGCUGCUGCAACGCAGCAUUCGUGAUGAACACAGCUGGCAAAUACUAGAUAAUUGCAACCGUGGGAUUUUGGUAUAUGAUUAUAUGUCAACUACUUUCUUCUGUCUCUCUGUGGGUGUGUUUUGCUUCUUUGGUUUUUACUUUUUUUCCUUCGCUUUUCUGGGUUGUUCUCUAUUCCUCUCCAUCACUUUCUCGCUGUUAGCUCAAGGCCUUGUCAACUGGCUGCAUGCUGGAAUGGCCACUUGGUUGUGUAAUAUUUGCAUCAGUGACAGUGUCAUGCUUUGGCCUAAGCGUGACCCGUACAGUCCCAUGACAGUUCUUAAUUUUGCUUAUAUACAAAUGAAGCAGCUAAGUUGUGAUCGAGCAGCCAUUCGGCUGUUUUUUUGCA